AUGGUCGUAUUUAUUGAUUUCAAAAAAGCAUUCGACACGCUGGACCAUGAACAGCUGCUGCAGGCCAUGGACGAAUGUGGUAUCAGGGGCCCCACAAACCAGUGGUUCCGUGAAUACCUAAAGAACAGGACCCUGCGCACUAUCAUCAAUGGGACGGCCGGAGACGAAGCCCGCGUCAGCCUCGGGGUGCCGACCGGCUCGGUUUACGGGCCCGUCGGCUAUAUCAUGCAUGUGAACAGCGUGUCGAAUGUCAUCAAAAACUGUAAAGUCGUUAUGUACGCGGAUGACAUGUGCCUGUUGUUCGCCGGCAGAUGUGUCACAGACAUGGUGGACAAAGUGCAGGAGGACUUUGAGAAUAUAACCAGGUGGGCGCAUGACAAUGGAAUAAUUUUAAACAUCAAAUAUUUAUUUAGUGCGGUGGUGGCAACAGCGGCGGCGGAGCGGCGCUUCCCUGACGGCUUCAAGUUCGGCGUCGCCUCCUCCUCCUACCAGAUUGAGGGGGGAUGGAACGCCAGCGAUAAGGGCGAGAGCAUCUGGGACCGGUUCGUGCACACCUCACCGGAAGCCAUCGUCGACGGCAGCAAUGGCGACGUGGCCUGCGACUCAUACCACCGCUGGAGGGACGACGUGCGGCUGCUGGAGACCCUCAAUGUGGACUUCUACAGAUUCUCAAUAUCGUGGCCUCGGGUGCUGCCGACCGGGUUCCCGAACCGCGUGAGCGAGGACGGCGCGCGGUACUACGGGGACCUGGUAGACGCCCUUCUAGAGCGCGGCAUAGAACCUGUGGUCACCAUGUACCAUUGGGAACUGCCACAGGCUCUGCAGGACUUAGGAGGCUGGGCUAACCCGCUGAUCGCCGACUGGUUCGCGGACUACGCGCGGGUCCUCUUCGACCUGUACGGGGACCGCGUGCGAACGUGGUUGACCAUCAACGAGCCACUGAUAUGUGACUUCGGCUACGACGGGAUCUUUGCGCCGGGGCUGCGGUCUGCGGGACGCGGCUCAUAUUUGUGCUCCAAGCAUAUGUUGCUGGCGCAUGCGAGGGCGUACAGGCUGUAUGAGAAGGAAUACAAGCAUAAAUACGGAGGGCAGGUGUCUCUCGUCAACCAGGUGUACUGGGUGCAGCCCCAGACGGAGCAGGACGCCGAGUUGACGGAGCUUGUCAGGGACAUCUCGAUCGGUCGCUACGCGCACGCCGUAUUCUCGGCGGAGGGCGGCUGGCCGCCGGCGCUGGAGCGCUACAUAGCACAGAAGAGCGCGGAGGAAGGCGAGCCCCGCUCCAGGCUACCGGCCUUCACUCAGGAGGAGAUCGAGCUGAUUAGGGGUGAGUACUGGUGUUCUGUUCCCUCAGAUCGGUCGCUACGCCUCGUGUUUUCGGAGAUCGGUCGCUACGCCUCGUGUUCUCGGAGGUCGGCUGACCGGCGCUGGAGCGCUAACAUAGCACAGAAGAGCGCGGAGGAAGGCGAGCCCCGCUCCAGGCUACCGGCCUUCACUCAGGAGGAGAUCGAGCUGAUUAGGGGACCGGCGCUGGAGCGCUACAUAGCACAGAAGAGCGCGGAGGAAGGCGAGCCCCGCUCCAGGCUGCCGGCCUUCACUCAGGAAGAUAUCGAGCUGAUUAGGGGCUCGUCCGACUUGUUCGCGAUAAACCACUACGCGACGGCGGCGGUGAGCGCGGCGGCGCCGGACGCCACGUACGGCGUGUUCGCCAUCGAAGGCGUCGCCGAGCUGGGCGCCGCCGUCGCGCCGCGCCCGGAAUGGCCGCCCACCGCCUCCGAUUGGUUCACGUUGUAUCCCGAGGGUUUCCGUGAGGCCCUGCUAUACUUGAGACAGCAGUACGGAGACGUGGAGUUCCUCGUCACGGAGAACGGGUAUGCGGGCUCCGAGGACCCCCUGGACGACGAGGCCAGGGUCCGGUACCAUCGGGACUACCUGGCACAGGUACUCCUCGCGAUGGAGGAGGACGGAGUCCGCGUGGCGGGCUACAGUGCCUGGUCGCUCAUGGACAGCUACGAAUGGAUGAGCGGCUACCAGCCACCCGCCCUCCCCCCACCCGGCGUGUACCUGAGAAUGGUACUCCUCGCGAUGGAGGAGGACGGAGUUCGCGUGGCGGGCUACAGCGCCUGGUCGCUCAUGGACAGCUACGAGUGGAUGAGCGGCUACCAGGCGAGCAUGGGGCUCCACCACGUCGACUUCUCAUCCCCCGCGCGCACGCGCACGCCGCGCCGCUCCGCGCACUACUACGCGCAAGUUGCGCGCACGCACGACAUCGACGCCGAUUACAGCUUCCAUGAGAGGGACAACAAGCUGUAGCCAUCCCUCUCACGUCUACAAAUGGGGCUGCAACAAAGUCUUCUCAUGCCCCGAGCGGGAUUCAUAGUUAACUUAUACCCUGUAUAUUUAGGUAUUUAAAUAAAAGUAAACAAAUAAUUUGU